AUGCUUCUCAACUUGAAACUUGUGGUUCUAUCUUUUCUUAUUGUAAUCAAUUCUGUCGAUUCGGAGUCCAUCAAUUGUGAAGCGAAAUUCAUUUCGAAGAUAACAAAACUCUGCAGACAUGGAAUAUCGGAAGAGAAAGUGAUUCAUCUUCUCUCAAAGUGUUGCUCCGCUCAUUGUUCGAAAGCUCAUCUCAAAAUGUUCUGCACAAUGAAACCACACAAAUUCGAGCGUCAUGGGAAUUACACGGAAUGA